AUGCAACAUCUAGCCGACCUUAACUUCAAAUCUGAUAGAAAUUAUCAUGAUUCUAAAAACAGCGUUUAUUGGUUACCCAAUGAUCAUCCUGAACAAGAAAGGUUAAACUUGCAACAUCAUAUUCUUAAGAGUAUGUUUGGAGGCAAUGUCCUGCAAAGUGUAAUAGACAAUCUGGAUUUCCACCAUUCGCGUCUGAAGGUACUCGAUGUAGCGUCUGGUACAGGAAUUUGGAUCAAGGAUAUGCAAAAGGACUUUCCUAAUUGUUCCUAUGAGGGUUGUGACAUCAUUGCACCCAAAGUAAAAGUUGAAAAAUCAACGCCAAUAGAUGAAGGAUGCCUCGUCACGGAUGCUAGCGAUACUACUGCUACUACUACUUUUAGACUAACGUAUGGUGAUGUGCUCCAGGGUCUUGAUUAUCCAGAUGAUACGUUCCAUUUCGUGCAUAUGAGACUACUUGUUGCUGCUUUUCGUAAAGAGGAAUGGCCAAUAGCUAUAAAAGAGUUAUUACGCGUAACAAAACCAGGUGGUAUGAUUCAGCUCCUGGAACAUAACUCACGGGUUGCAGGCGAUGAAAAAAACCCAUUUCACCGUGCAUGGAAAGCGGUGUCUGAGGUAUUUGAAGAGAGAGGUAUUGAUACUCAAAUUGCGUUCAAUUUGCCGUCCUUAAUCGAAGCACAUCCAAAUGCCCGUGUUGUGGAAUAUCAUAAUAGAUACAGUGAUCUUGCAUCAAAUUCAGAUUGGGCUAAAGCCAUGGUUAUACAAUAUCGUGAAUUAAUUCAUAGUAUGAUGCCUAUGUUAGCAGACAAAUUGGGUAUUACAACAGACGAGGAAAAGAAAGAGUUCUUAAAUAACCUUUGCAAGCCUGAAGCCUAUACCGAAAGCAAUGGAUAUUACAUAGCUAUGUCUGUAAAGAAAUCUUAA